AUGCGGAAUCUGACCAAGAAAGAGCCACUAGAGGAAGCUGCAGGUCGAAGGCUGGGUAAAACCCUCGAAAUUAAACAACUGGAUGUCUGUGAUGAGCAGUCGAUUAAAGCUUGUGUGAACAGUAUCCCUGACAGAAGGAUUGAUGUUCUCGUUUUUACUGAGGUUGUUGCUCACUGUUGUCUACCAUUAUGUGCAGUUAGCAAUGCUGGAAUGGGGCUCAUUGGACCUAUUGAAUGUCAGACCAUAGAUGAGAUGAAAACUGUGAUGGAUACCAACUUCUUUGGACUGGUUCGACUCCUGAAGGAGAUUUUGCCUGAUAUGAAGAGGAGAAAGAGUGGACAUAUAGUCAUAAUAAGCAGUGUUAUGGGAAUACAAGGUAUCUUAUUUAAUGAUGUUUAUGCUGCAUCUAAAUUUGCUGUGGAAGGAUUCUGUGAAAGUUUAGCUAUACAAGCGCUCAAGUUCAAACUACAGUUAAGUUUGAUUGAACCCGGCCCCGUAGUUACAGAGUUUGAAAGAAAAGUGUUUGAAGAUGGAAUGAAAAUGGAUCUUUCAGCUGCAGAUCAAGAAACAGCUGAUAUGUUUACUAAUAUUUACCUGAAAAAUUACAAACAAAUCUUUCAGAGCCUGGGACAAAGUGCUGAAGAGGUCGCAGAGCAUACAGUAAAGGUAAUUCUUGCAGAAAAUCCACCUUUUCGCCAUCAAACCAACACCUUGUACACUCCAAUGACAACUCUGAAAUAUGCAGAUCCAAAUGGAGACCUACCCAUUGAUAUAUUCUACAAAAUGGUUUUUCAUCAUGACAAAAUCUUCAGUGCAAGUCUUAACUUUAUCAAAUUGCUCAGGUGGAGAAGUAGAAAGAGCUUUGACCUGGGAAAAACCUCAGAAUAAGUAUGAGAUUAUAUAGUGCAAAUUGGAAUUGUUGUAGCUACUGACAACACAACUUAUUAUCCAAAUGCCUUUG